UAUGGCGAGCAGACCCCCCACUAUCCAAUCUGCCGUUGAGGCGUUGACGCAUUCCCGCCUCCUUCCUCACACCCUCCAUUCGUCCAAGGUCCAAUACAAUCUGCUGCAGACGCUUUCCGGCCUUCUUCCUUAUCCGCCAUACAUAUAAGGUCCAAGGGCAUGAUACCUCACCACACACCGGACGGACGAGAAAGAGAAGACGGCUACACAAGAGAGGCCAUGACCAUGAGACUGACAGGCAACGCGAGGCUGUUCUGCGCACUGCUGCUGGUGCUGCUCUGCGUGGCGUCGCAGUUCCAAGGAGGGGCGUCCCGAGGCGGAGGUGGAGGCCGUGGGUCAAGGAUAGGAGGCGGAGGCGGCAGCGAUGGAGGAAGCACUGGCGGUGGAGGGAGUGCCGUCAGAGGGGGCGGCGAUGGAGGUGGUUCCGUGCCAGGAGCUGGCGGCGGCGGUGGAGGCAGCUACAUGCGAGGGGCCGGCGGUGGUUAUGUUCCAACAAGGGGCUACGGCAGCCGGAACACGAGCGCGACAGGGUCGGAGUCGGCCGGACGCCGUGCCGCGGGCGAGCCGCGUGGCCGCGUCGUGUGGAUCUCGGCUGUCGCCAAUGCGCUCGUGGCCGUGGCGCUCGUUCGGUCGUCCUGAGCAUACUUUCGAAAACAUCAUCGAUCCCUGGAGGCGAACGAAAUACGGAAUUUGUAAUUUUGUAUAUAGCAAAUCUAGAUCGUGGUUGGCUUCAUGUCGAUAUUUUAACUUUUUUUAAUAGUCAAUGGUAUAUUCAUGAAA